AUGCCAGCUUCUUUAACGCAAGAGUCUUGUUAUAGUUGCUCUACCAUCUCGUCGAAAUUAUCAUCGCUCUCCAUUGCGAAUUCUAGCGCUGUCUCCAUAAAACCUCAACAGAGCAGUUAUAAACUUUCUUGUCAUCCACAAUCUCUCGUCAAUCGAUGCCAAAUAGUGGAGCAUAGCGUUUCUGACUCUGGCUUCAGUAACACUAUGGGCACUUGCGUUACUUCUUCUAUGCCCGCCACCUCCACGAUAAAGACGCGCUUCAAGGGUGUUCUUUUUCGCUUACUGUCUCGAAAGCAAGGUCGAAGAACUCAUCGUAGCACAAAUGCAGCUACAACUUUAACAACAAUAGUAUCAGCGACAACUGAACCCGCCUCUAACAGCCGUAGUAGUAGCAGUAACCACAAUAGUAUACUGUCUCAAAAGCAACAACAACAGCAGCAGCAGCAGCAGCAACAACAACAACGAUCACCGAAUGCAGAUGCCACAUUUUUACUUUCUCCGUCAAGCACUUCUACUCAACCGGCUUCUUUCUCUAAAUCUGUGCGUUCAGUUUGUUGCCUUUCAGCGCAACAGAAGCAACAUCGUCGCUUCCCUCGUAUCAGAAGCAGCAAUGUAAAUACUCAUAUUAACUCUAUUAACACUACAUUUGCAGCUGCAGCUGCAGCUAAAGCUACGUCUGUUGCUGUGGUCAAAGAAGUAGACUUGGAAAUACCUCUUACGGAUGUUACUGCACCGGCUUGUUUCCCCGGAAAGGGACCGAAUGACCUAGCUAUGAAGCAGAGACAACUGCAUCAGUUGCAGCAAAGCUCGAAACGACCCUGCGCGGAUUCAACACGACCGAGCAUCAUCCUCACAGCUGAGAGAAGCAUGAUCGUGUUAUCACAAUAUCAAAGACCUUUGUCUCAAAUGUCGCCAGUAACAUCAGCAAUAUCAAGUACACCAACUCUGCCUCGUUCAACAUCAAGCAAAAAGUGCCGGUAUUUAAUUCCCCAUCAUCACCAUCAUGCUAAAGGCUCGGUUUCAUCACAGGAAACAAAUUGUGGAGGUUUCACGUCUGUGGUGGAAAGUAGUUCCACAAGUCCUACGAGUCCAACCUUGUCCUUUUUCUCCCUUCGGUAUUCAUCCGGCUCAUUCUCUUAA